UUAAAUUUAACGCAGUGAGAAACUUUGGGGAAGCUUUAUGGUUUUAAUAAAUUCACAAACGCAAUAUUUGCACCCACUAGUCAAAUAUUUUACCUACACACCAACUGAAAAUACAUUGAUUAUCUUGUAUGUCGCAGAGAGCGAGAGAGAUCAUUUGACGUGACAUCUCUCCAAUGUAUCCCAUAUAUGAGGAAUUGCCUCAAAACAAUACAAGUUCAAAACUCUUAUAAAGCUGAUAAUACUAUGUCGCAUGGAUAACCACAUAUCUACAUACACACGCAAACUGGCCAAAGGGAGAAUUAAACGGAAUAUUCAGAGUCCAUAUAAAAGUUGUCGACACAAUGAGAGUCUCUUCAGAGUGAUAAAAUUGAUAAUAGCACACGCGUCUCUGUGUCAUUCGAUAACGGGAGAAGAUCGCAUGAAAAAUCAUCUUGCCCAUGUACUAAAUUUCCUCCGUUCCCUGCAAAACCCUCUGACGGUAUCCUGUUUCUCAUUAUCUAUCCCAUUGAGUGAAAUAGUGCGAAUUAUAAAAGGCGGUUGUUUUCACUCAAAUGAGCCCAAGAGCCAAAAACACGAUCCUCGAUUACAGUUAGAUGCCAGAGGGACAAGUGUGAAGUGAUUUUAGAAUCUCAAAUUGAAUAAUUCCCAGUAUAAUAUAUUAAUAAAGUGUGUUCAUAAUAUGUGAAUGGAGCAGAGCAGAAAUAAAAGAAUUGCUUGAGUUCAGGUGCCUUAUCAAGAGAUCUGUGCUAUUUCCAAGGCUAUUUUUCGAUAAUAUUCAGAAUCGAUCAGAGCACGUUAUUUGCAAAUAAAGUGCGUAUCCAUAUGGUUAAUAGUGAAUGUAGUCAUGAUAUGUGAAAUUACUGUGCCUCAUGUCUAAUGCCGAGGACCAAUGAGCAUCUUGAGUUAUUAUAAUAUCACUCAAAAAGAUUUUCAAGUGUAUCAAUAGUAUAUGACAAAAUCCAUUAUAAACAAACUAAAUAAAAGUCUUCUUGAGCAAUGAGUAUCUUCGUGUGUACUGUGGCAAAAUCAACAGUUCCGCAAUAAUAAAUCAACCCAUGUGUGAUUGUGUUGAUUUGUUGCACUUGUUUAGCCAUGGCAAGGUUGUGUAAGUUGUGACUCUUGACGAAUUAUAGGAACAAUCAGUAAGAAUUCAAAUCCAGAAUGCGUGGAAGUACAGCUGGAUUAGCUGACGGUGUUCUUAAUCCAUCGAGAGACGCCCAUGGCGUGCUCCUGGAUUUCCUCGACACAAUGCUCUCGACCUUGAUCGUGGGACCCCUUGUCAUAUCCUACUGGCGCGGCACAUGGAAUCUCAUGGAUCUCUAUCUAUUCGCCGAGAGGCCCGUGAUCAGUGCGUUCGCCUCCCUCGUGAUCGGUAUCGUGGGCCACCUCGUCUUUACCCUCUGCCAGGACACCCUGAAAACUCACAUUCACCCUAAUCGCCACAGGGUUGCCUACUACAUCAGCUCACGCAUAUACACAGCCCUGUAUGGUGUAAUAUGUAUCAAUGGGUGGCGAGGAGGAUGGCAACUAAUUGAUUGCUACACUUCCCAUAAAGUACCCACUGUCCUCCUACUGACCAUUCCGCCGGCAUUCUGCCUCGCAGCACUUAAGACUCUGCGGAAUCUCUCAGCUGCACCUUUCACAAUCUCAAUAGAUGCUCCAAAUGAGUACUUUGACAUUCAAACCAUGUUCAAAACAUCGGGCGCUCGCCAACCACUUUACUACGUUCUUGAUUGUUGCUUCUCUGUUCUAAUUAUUGGAUCCCUCGUGGUGUUUGUUUGGCGUGGUGUUUGGGUGUUCCUGGAUCUUGUACUCUAUCCCAGUGAUGCGAAACUCUCAGCAUGGUACUCAUUGGCCAUCGGAUAUGGAAUAGUUUUCAUCACAUUUGCUCUUCAACCUGUUAUGAGAUGGACUUGUGACAAGCUGACUGGAUUUUGGCGCCUCGCCAUUGCGGAUGUCUUUCUCUUCUUCAGCUUCAUUGGCACAGUUAAUGCAUGGCGUGGUAUUUGGCAGCUUCUCGAUCACUAUUUUCUCCCAGAUCAGCGAGCUCUCAGUGAUUGGCUUACUCACGGAAUCUGCUUUAUACUCCUCGCCCUCAUGAACUGUGCCAACACCGUGCUGGUGCGCGGUGUCUUCCUGGAUGCUGAGGAGCCCGGUGGAAAAUGCGUGAUCUUCCCUGUGUACUACAUCCGACUCUAUUUCCAAAAGGAGCGCACGAAAAAGAACCAACGCGUAUUGGACAAUAUGGAAAAGAGCGAAGGGGCAAAUACAUUGUUACUCCUCGAAAAGCCUGCCAAUAAUGUAGUUGUUGUAAAGAAUACUAACGAAAAGAAGCCCAUAAAUAAUGAAAGUGCAAAAUAAUGAUAUUCAUUUUGAUGAUAAAAUAUGAGUGGAAAAGAACAAAUUUAGACAAGAUAUGUUAUCAAUAACAAAAAAUGAAAGCAAAUGUAUGGAAGUGCAAGAGAACCCUCUUAAACGGUUGUAUUCGAUUGGCUGUGGGCGCAAGAAGAUGAUGAUUUCGGUGUCUUUACAUUAAAUUAUAUUAAUGAAUGUGAAAUACCCACUAAUAUAUUGAAUUGCAAAUUAUGUCAUUUAAUCUCUUGAUGGAAGAGAAUAUUAUAUAUAUAUAUAUAAAGUGAUACAAUUGCUAAGAAAAUUGUUGUAUAUGAAGAAAUAAAUUAACUGUCUCAUAUGUGAAGUGAGACAUAUAAGAGACAUGUCA